GUGGGUUAAUGUUUGGGAGAGUCUUGCCUUUGGAUAGUUACCGCAACUUCUAGUUAUUCGCUCUACUAUUUGUUGUACUCUAUUAUUGUUUAUCGAAUUUAAUCUAUUACCAUACAAUACAUCGAACCACUAAAAGCUAUUUCACUGACGAUACUAAUAAAUAAACACGCGAAUCUCAUAAACCAUGGCCCAGCCAACAGAGGCUGUCGCCGCCAUCUUCGACACCGCGCGCUCGGGAACCCCUGAAAGCGAGCACUCCGAGAUCCUAGCCGGCGGCGGCAAGGACGAGCUCGAGCGUCUCGGCCGCCAACGCCCCCCAACGCUCCCUAACUGGCUCGCGGAGGCCGGCUUCGUCUUCACCAUCGUGACCUCGCUGUGCGUGAGCGAGUACUUCAUCAGCGGCUUCAACAUCGUGAUGCCCGCCAUCGCCGAGGCCCUGGCCAUCCCCGAGUCGCAGCGCACCUGGCCCGCCGGCGUCAUCAACCUGACCACGGCCGCCCUGCUGCUGCCCUUCUCGCGCCUCUGCAGCCAGCACGGCGGGCGCUACGUCUUCCUCGGCGGCCACCUCUGGCUGCUCGUCUGGUCGAUCGUCUGCGGUUUCAGCCGCAGCCCGCUGAUGCUGAUCGCCUGCCGCGCGAUGCAGGGCAUCGGGUCCUCCGCCUUCCUGCCCGCGGGCCUCGCGCUGCUGGGCCAGACGUACCGCCCGGGCCCGAGGAAGAACCUCGUGUUCGGCCUGUACGGCGCCGCGGCGUGCGUGGGGUUCUACAUCGGCAUCAUCAUCGGCGCCGUCACGGGCCAGCUCGCCGACUGGACCGUGUAUUUCUGGGUCGGCGCCGCGUUUGUUUUUCUGCUCAUCGUCACGGGCUUUUUCACCAUCCCGAGGAACCUGGGAAACGAUGGCCCCGAUGUGAGGAUGGAUUGGUGGGGCGUGUGCACUAUUGUGCCCGGGCUGGUUCUGGUCGUGUACGCGCUUACGGAUGGCGGGAACGCUCCUGAUGGUUGGAGGACACCGUAUAUCUACGUCACUUUCAUCGUGGGCGCGCUGCUGCUUUGCGCGGCGGUGUAUGUCCAGGGGUGGGUAUCGACUCAGCCACUGUUGCCGGCGGAGCUGUUCCGCCCAAAGUACAUGAAGCGUAUAUCCGUCUUUAUCUUCUGCGGUUUCGGGGUCUUUUCUAUAUUUUUGUUUUAUUCGAGCUUCUACAUCGAGGAAGUUCUCCACGCAACCCCCAUCCAGGCCGCCGUGUGGUUCAUCCCCCUCGCUCUGGGCGGCUUCAUACUCGCAAUCAUAGGAGGUUUUGUCCUGCAUAUGGUUUCGGGUCACAUACUACUAAUAAUCUCCGGACUAGGCUAUGUAGUGUGCACAAUGCUAUUUCCCCUGAUACCUGUCUCAGGGCUUUCGACAACUCACAUCUACUGGGCCUAUAUAUUCCCGUCGAUGGCAUGCGGCACCAUCGGCAUCGACAUCAUGUACAACGUGACGAACAUCUUCCUGACCACAGCGAUGCCCCAGCGUCUCCAGGCUACCGCCGCGGGACUGAUCACCAGCUUAGGAUAUCUCGGUUUGGCGUUUUGGCUCGGCGUGGCCGAGCUCUCGGUCUCGACGUGGGCUACUUUGCACGAGGAUGAGAACCCGGGCCUGCGCGAGAGAUACCAGGUUGGGUUUUGGACCGGGCUGGGCCUGGCUGCUUUCACGCUGUGUGCUGCGAUAACGGUGCGGAUCGGCAAGGCGUCUGCUGAUAUGACGGCGGACGAGAAGGAUGAGCUGGCACGUAAUGAGGUUGCGGAAUGAUGAUACAUGGACACUACAAAAAGGGAUUGGUUUGCAUAGCGGGAAAGCGUUGAAUUUCGAGGGAAUGAUAUAGGAAUGAUGAGCACUGGUUAAUUUUAAUCACAAUU